AUGAAUGUGUCGGAUGAGUAUUCGUAUUACGGGAUCAUCGAGGAUUUAUCGAGAUAUGUGGAGAGUAUACGCGGUCCUAAGUAUUAUCCUUUGACGCUCCUUAUUCCUGUUACACUCGCGUAUCUUGUGAUCUUUGUAACUGGCUGCGUUGGUAAUAUCAUCACUUGCAUCGUCAUCUGGAAGAAUCCUAUUAUGCAUACUGGGACGAAUUGCUACUUGUUUAAUCUGGCCUUGUCCGAUUUGCUGUUUUUGGUACUGGGUUUACCCUUCGAAUUGAGCGUAUUUUGGCAACCGUAUCCUUGGAUAUGGGGUUUGGCUAUAUGCAAAGUAAGAGCGUACUUCUCUGAAACGUCCUCUUACGUAUCGGUACUAACUAUACUGGCGUUCUCGAUAGAAAGAUAUAUGGCGAUCUAUCAUCCGCUUCGUCACUACGGGAGUGGUCUGAAGCGUUCUAUAUGGUUCAUAUGUGUUUCAUGGCUGAUUGCUUUCAUGUUUGCUGUGCCCUUUGCCGUGUACAUCAAUAUCAAUUAUGUUGUAGAUCCAAAAAACUCGACACGAUACUUAGAGGAGUCCGCGAUAUGCACGAUGGAAUUCAAAAGCAUGCCUGACUUUCCUCUCUGUCAGCUCAGCUGUAUUCUCUUCUUCUUCAUACCGAUGGUGUUUAUCGCGGUCCUUUAUGUACGUAUAGGAUUGAGAAUACAAAGCGGCAGCCUCUCGCAGAACGUCGAGGGAUCUGUACACGGCGAGACCAGGCAGGCUCAGUCACGGAAAACCAUCACACGGAUGCUGAGUGCUGUGGUGAUCACAUUUUUUAUCUGUUGGGCGCCGUUUCACGUUCAACGUUUGUUAUCGGUGUACGAGGUCCCAAUACCCGAAGACAUAAACCAAGAAUGGCUGUUUGCUCUCACCGGUUGCUUUUACUACUUCAGCACCACCAUCAAUCCUAUCCUGUAUAAUGUGAUGAGCGAAAAAUAUCGGAACGCUUUCAAGGAGAUGUGUCGAUGCUCUCCUAGCAAUCGAUCUAUUAGCAGAGUUGGCUUGAGCAGCGUGAGAGGUUCUAGUACGGUGUGUGUUGCUGGGCCUAGCAGAGGAUCUCAGGUGUUCCGCGCCAGAGGCGUAAAUUAUCAGCGCAGCAUGAAGUACAGCGCCGCGCGCCGCGAGGAACACGAUUCACGUGCAGCAGCUCAAUUACAACCAGACGACGGAGACGAGAGAGAAAAACCAUGUGACGCUUCUACGGACAAUUCGAUGGAUAAAAAUGUAGACGAAAUCGUGGUAGAGCCGUUUUUACAGGAGCUAAAGAAAUCGUCGUUCCUCGUACACGCGAAAAAUGGACGCCUUAGGUACCAAGUGUCCGACAAGGAGGACACAUCGUCGAACGAGACAAACAUCUGA